UUUUUUUUUCUUUUCUUUUCAACAAGUUGGUUUCGAAUAAUCUAAUUUCUCACAAUAUAAAAACCAUAUCUUUAUUAUUUAUGUACGCGUUAAAUAAUCUAAAAGGAAAAGGAAAGGAAGAUGAUGGUGACCAUAUUUAUACAGCAUUAGGAACUUCAGAACAAUCUUCGUCUUCUGAUAUAUUAACGACGAAAGUUAAGGAGCCUACAAAAUUAAAACCUCCAUUAUGGAAUACAUUGGAAUUUUAUAUUUAUUAUGUAAUUAUAUCAUUUUCUCUUGCAUACGCUUUUUACAUGGCAUAUGAUAUUAGUAAAGAAACAAACCCAAAUUAUAUGAGAUAUUCUAGAAGAUUGGAGCCAGGUUGGUUAUUUGGACGUAAAGUGGAUAACAGUGAUGCACAAUUCGCUUCUUUUCGAGAUCAUUACGGAGCCUUGUUUAUGGCUUCAAUAGCUUAUUUAAUCCUUUCACAUUUAUAUCGAAUUUUUCUUGUACCAAAUCCUCCGGCAAAAUUACCAUCCCAACCACUUCGUAGAACUUAUUUUUUCUUAACAUUUUCAUUAAUAUUCCUUUAUGUUCUUUUUGGAAAUGGAUUAAUUAAAAUAUUGAUUAUUUUAAGUUUCAAUUUUUUAAUUCCAAUAACAUUAAAAGGAUCAAAAUUGAAUCCUAUUGUUACUUGGCUGUUUAAUUUGGCAGUUUUAUUUAUUAAUGAAAAUUAUGAUGGAUAUAAAUUUGAAUGGUUUAACGAAAACCUUGCAUUUUUAGAUUCAAAUGUAGGAUUAUUAACUCGAUGGACUAUUACAUUCAACAUAUGUACGUUACGAAUAAUAUCGUUUAAUAUGGAUUAUUAUUGGUUAUUUCACCCUUCACCAGAUUCGACUGAGAGAGAUCAAGCACCAUUAACAGAAAAAGAUAGAAUCAUAACUCCGUGUUUUAAAGAAGAUUAUAAUUAUAUUAAUUAUUUAAGUUAUGUGUUAUAUACACCGUUAUAUCUUGCAGGACCAAUCAUUACUUUUAAUAAUUUUAUCUCUCAGUUAAGGUAUCCGAAGGAAUUUGAUAUAAAGUCAACAUUUAUUUAUGGAGUUAGAUUAUUAGGAGUAAUGCUUUUAAUGGAAGUAAUGUUACAUUUUAUUUAUGUUGUAGCUAUGAGUAAAUCAAGAGCAUGGGAUGAUUUGUCACCUUUGGAAUUAGGGAUGAUUGGAGUUUUCAAUCUAGAAUAUAUCUGGUUAAAAUUGUUAAUUAUAUGGAGAUUUUUUAGAUUUUGGGCAAUGGCUGAUGGAUUUGAAGUACAAGAAAAUAUGUUAAGAUGUAUGUUAAAUAAUUACUCCACAACAGGAUUUUGGAGAAGUUGGCACAGAAGUUUUUAUAGAUGGAUUAUUAGAUAUAUUUAUAUUCCACUUGGAGGAUCAAAAUAUUUAAUAUAUAAUAUGUUAAUAGUAUUUACAUUUGUUGCAUUAUGGCAUGAUAUAUCAUUAAAAUUAUUAGCAUGGGGCUGGUUAAUUUGGAUAUUUAUUUUACCCGAAACUAUAGCUACUAAAAUAUUUACUGAAAAGAAAUUUGGAGAUAGACCAUAUUAUAGGCAUGUAUGUGCAAUUGGUGGCGCAUUAAAUUUAGUUUUUAUGUGGGCUGCAAAUUUAGUUGGAUUUGCUAUCGGAUUAGAUGGUAUGAAAGUAGUAUUAAGUAAUUUAUUUGGAACAUUACAUGGUCUUAUCCAAUUUUCCUUAAGUUUUAUCAGUAUAUAUUGUGCUGUACAAGUAAUGUUUGAAAUUAGAGAGGAAGAAAAAAGAAGAAAUAUUAAUCAAGAAAUUAGAUAUUAAUAUUUAUUUAUUUAUUUAUUUAUUUAUUUUAUUUAUUUAUUUAUUUUAUUUAUUUAUUUUAUUUAUUUAUUUAUUUUUUAAAA